AUGGGCGUAUUCGGUUUCUUCUCCAAACCCAAAAAAAACGCCCUCGAAGCCCAUCUAAGCGAGUACCACCGCCAACAACGGCCCGGACCCAUCCCUCAUCAACAACGCGAGUCCCGCCGCCGACUUGGAGGGACGAGCAGCGGUGGUGUCCCAACAUGGAGCAAUCCAUCCUCUCGGCCCCCUUCCCGUAGCGCCUCCCGGCUCGGUCGUCCCCGCAAGGCCUGCCAUGCCCACAACAACAGCAACGGCAGCAACAAGGGCCCGUCCACCGUAUCGAUAGCCGCCGCGCUAGCUGCCCAGCAACCGGGCCCACUGCCAAAUUUCUUUUCCUUCGAACAGGGUUCCGAGAGCGCACAAGGACGGUACCAGAAUGAGUCAACACCUUUGCUUGGGAGGCGGGAGUCGGACGAUCAGACGGGACUGUUGUCGGCUGGGUGGAGGGGGAGUGUGCACGUGGGCUAUGGCGCCUUGAUGGCCGCUGCGACGGCGGAAGAUGGGGAAUACCACAACGACAGCAGCGAGGAUGAAGACGACAGCGAGGGUGAUGGGAUAUCGGACUACGGGUUCUUCGGCGCGGGCGCGCUAUACGGAACGACAUUAACGAGGAGGGUCAUGAUCAAGAAGCUGAACAGGGCUCGCAGGAGGUUUUAUCACACCUGGGUACACCCGAAGGCCUCUGAGAUCAGGAGAGUGGUAGAGCAUUGGUGGAGCCGAUGGUUUGUCCUAGUAGUAUUACCGGCCGUUCUGGCCGUUGCGUGGUGCGCUAUACCAUUUCCCCAAUACCCAAUACCGGACGUCGACGACGAUGACGAUCGCGAUCCGACAACACCACCAUUAGUACCGGGCGAACAGCCAGGGCGCAAAACUCCUGGCCACGGAGCGGCGCGGGUGCAGGUCAACUUCUGGUUCUUCCUCUUCGUCUACUACAGUUUUUACAACCUGACGGCCCUAAUAUGGAUCACCAAGGUCUUCAACCUGUACAGUCUCAACUGGUGGCCCCAGUCUCUUGGGUUCCCCCUAACCGUCUUCACGAUUGGAGUCAUAUCACUAGUGGCACCUAUACCGCUCUACCUGAUUCCCGAACUGCGGUGGCUGAUUGUCCACAACACAGCAUGGAUUAGCUGGACCUUCGUCAUCAUGGCCAUGCCUGUCACUAUCGCUUUCUGCAUCCUUAUGACCAAUGAGCGUCACCUCAAGCUACGUCAUUCUCUUUCCGAAACCCAGCGCAUCUUCACAUCAUCGUGGUGGGCCGGCGAGUCCGGAAAUAACAGCCGCCGUGAAUCGACGCGGCGGGCCGGACUGAUAGGUGCAUUUGAUACCGGGGGCGCAGAGCUUGGGUUUGAGGAGGGCCUCAACCGGCGUCCUUCUGUGCCCGUUAGCAUAAGGCGCAGGUGGCUCCCGGCGAGCUUUGUCCGCUUCGUGUGGUUCUGCCUGGCCCUAUCAAUCGGCCUUCUUGCCUAUGUGAUAGGAGAGGCGUAUGCCGAGAUUUACCUGCGUACGCUCCCGCAUAACAACUUGGAGACUAUCGUCUAUGUCUAUGGAUGGGUGUCGACGGUGUAUCUUCUCGACGGGCUGACAGGCUGGAUUUUGGGUGGCAACGAAGGCGAGAGAGUUGGAAGCUAUCCGUUAAGCUUCAUCUUUAAGCUCUACUUCAUGCUAACUUACCAAACCUACGUCCGCGCCCUAUACGCCCGCCUCCGCUCUCCACAACAAUUCGUGAUGCUUCAAGUCCUCUCCUCCACCACCUUGAUCAUCGUCACACCCAUCCUCAUGUCGCGCCCCGUCCAUUGGUUCAUGACCAUCACAAACCUCAACGGACAAUCCUACGGCUCCUACCAAAAAAUCUGUAUCCGAAACGUCUUCAUCCGCUUCGUCGCCGAGAACGCGUCCAUGCUCGCCUUUUUGGGAAGCGUCGUCAUUCUGCACUUCGGCCCGAACAAGGACGUGUACCCCUACUUCGCUUUCGACGGCGAGCCGGAUGACACCUCGGACUUCGACUUCGAUCUAACAUUCUAUGCCUCCAGUAUAACGUGGGCGUGUGAGCUGGCGGCUGGAUUCAUCGUUUCCGGGCUGAUUCGGCUCAUCUAUGGCGUUAAUGUUGUGACGGAGGGAAAGCUUGAUUUUGCGGUGUGGCCCGAGUUGCUGCCGACGAGUGUGGCGGUGGUGUUGCAUGUGCUGCAAAAUAUGCUGUUUUCCAUUGCUCGGUUGCAGUUUCACUAA